ACUGACGGUAGCGGCUCCCGGAAAAUGUCGUGGCCUGGCGCAGUCUAAGGGUGUUCGGCUGCCAUGGACAGCGAGCAGCCGGACAGCCUGGAGGGCUGGGUGCCGCUGCGCGAGGACCUGUUCCUGGCGCCCGAGCGCCAUCAGCUGCGUUUCCUGGUGGCCUGGAACGCCGCGGAGGGCCAGUUCGCCGUCACCUGUCACGAUCGCACGGCGCAGCGACGGCGGCGCGAGCGGCAGGAAGCCGGCGACAAGGGGUGCAGCUGGGCCGGGGUGCUGUCGCCCGCCGGGUUCCGCGGCGCGCACCGGCAGCUGGCUGCGCUGUGGCCGGCCCUGGAGCCCUGCUUCCCGCCCCUGCCGCCCGAGCUGGACGCGGCGAGCGGCGCGGGCUGGGGCCUGGGGCGCGGGCUGUGGGCGCUCCUGUGGCCGGCGCCUGCGGACCCUGGCGACGCGGUGAUGCAAGAGCUGUGCCGAGAGCUGGAGCGCUACCUGGGCCUGGCGGCCGACGGCUGCGGCGGCGCCACCGUGCGCGACGUGCUCUUCCCGGCCCCGGGUGACUUGGCAGACUGCGAGGGCCUGAGCGAGUUCCGCGAGAGGACGCUGCGUGCGCGUCUGGGUCGAACCGCCACCCGGCUACACCAGCUUCUUCAAGAUCACGGAAAAGCCAACACCAUGGUAGCAUUAAUGAAAGUUUAUCAAAUGGAAGAUGAAGUCUAUCAAGAAUUAGUUACCACAGCAACCACGUUCUUCCAGUAUUUACUGCAGCCAUUUAGAGACAUGCGAGAAGUUGCGACUUCAUGUAAGCUUGAUAUUUUGAAGUCCCUGGAUGAGGAUGAGCUGGGUCCUAAGAGGGUGGCUGCUCUGCAGAAGGAAGCCAGUGACUGGACCAGACGGGCUGAAGAAGCAGUGGUCUCUAUCCAAGACAUCACUGUGAAUUAUUUUAAGGAAACAGUAACAGCAUUAACAGGAAUGCAGAAACAAAUGGAGCAGGAUCGAAAGAGAUUUGGCCAGGCUGCCUGGGCCACAGCCAUGCCCAGGCUAGAGAGUCUGAAGCUCAAGUUGGCUCGGGAGACUCUGCAGCUUAUGAGAGCCAAAGAGCUGUGUCUAAAACACAGGCAAGCUGAGAUGCAGAGAAAGGUGGACGAUCUUCCAGACCAAGGAAAGCAUUUAGAUGUUGUGGACGAGCUAGAAAUACAGUAUUACGAGAUCCAGUUGGAGUUAUAUGAUGUUAAGCUUGAGAUACUGAGAAAUGAGGAGAUGAUCCUUGUCACACGGCUGGACUCUGCUAAGAGACUUAUGACAGAGAAACAGGCUGAAGUGGUCUACUACGACCCGUGUGAAAGCCCUGAGGAGCUGAAGAGCCUGGCUCCUGACCUGGAGCUGCACCUGGGUGAAGACAGAGAGCUGAGGGCGCUCAGCCAGCAGUGCCAGCAGCUGGAGGCCCAGCGGGGCCGCAUCUGCUCCAGGAGAGCCCUCCUCAGGAACAGAAAGGAUCACUGCCGAGAAAACCAUCAGCUCAGGCUGCAACAGGCCAAACAAAGUGUGAGACAUUUUCACCAGCACCACAGUAUUCAAAUGAAAAGAGACAAAGUAAAAGAAGAGGAACAAAAGAAAAAAGAAUGGAUAGACCACGAACGCCAGAAAACACUUGAGCGGCUAAGAGCAUAUAGGGAGAGGUGCCCAGCUCGUCAGUGUGCACUGCAAACGACUUGCUCAGAGGCCGUGGUGUCAGGCCUGUCCGGUGGACCCUCUCAGAAGAGGUUCUCAACAGCUCAUCACAAGACAGCUCAUCCUGCCUCCAGCAAAACCAGAAGUGCUGCUCCCUUACCUGAAGCCAAUAUGAAAACCCCUGAGCAUCAAGACCCCUGUGGCAGUGUCCCUGUCCAGGCUUUUGUUCCUGUCAGUGACCAGGCACUCUUCCGAUCCAGUGAAGAUCUGUCACUACCACCACAGCCACCUUCACCUCCACCCCCUCCCCCUCCCCCUCCUCCACCCCCUCUUCCUCUCCCUGCUGUGUCCUCUUUUCAAGGUACCACUCCUCAGAAUUUAGGGCUCAGGACUUUGGCAGCAGAGGAGCAGUCACACCCCUUAUCGCGUGAUUGCCAGGAGGGUUCCCAGCGCCCAGGCUCUAUGGAUGAAGUGCUGGCCUCUCUCCAGCAGGGCAGGGCCUCUCUCCGGAAAGUGGAAACGCCCACCUUGGCCCAUCCCCGCACCUCAAUCAAUGAACAAGUCCUGGCUGCCAUCAGACAGGGGGUGCCGCUGAAGAAAGUCCGCACAGGCCCAGGCGCGGAGCCCAGCAAGAAGGGCGCCAGCGACCUGGAGAGGAGCAUCAGAGAAGCCCUGAAGAGAAUCAAGACGGUGUCUGAGGACUCAGAGGAGGACAGUGACGAGCAGAGCCCUGUCGAGUGGGACCACUAGGCUGGCUCCCCAGCUGACAGACGCAGGCAGGCCCGGGACCCCAGGUCGGCGAGGCUUCCCUGAGAAGCUGGACACUGGGAGGACAGUGGAGGUGCCUGACUGCUACGAUGCCCGCUGCUGGCAGGCCGGGCAUGGUGACAGUACGGAGUUGGGGGAUUGCAUGCGUCCUUGUGUAGCAACACUGGUUCCUCAGACUUCAAGGCUUGAAUGUGAACACGAUUUUAGCAAUAAUCGGAAUAUCCCAGAAUUACCUUAAAUAUUUAAAUUUUAUUUUGUGUAUUGGACACAGAAACACAUAAUAAACAAUAUUUAUAGUGCA